AUGAAGGAUAGUAAUAUAACCCAGCGAUUGAAAAGGAAAAGAUGUGAAUGCGGCGGGCAAACCUCUGAUGAGUCCAAAAUUGUCAAAUUCAUUAAUAUCAUAACCGAAUGGCGUCAGGAAUCUGAUUCUAAAUUAUCACAAAUAAAUACUUCUAUGCAGGACCUCAUGCGGCAAAACUCAGAAAUACUUGCGUCGCAUAGCGAAUUGGAAAAAUCAAUUGAGUUUUUAUCCAUAAAAUAUGACGAAGUUCUCCAACAGCUCAGCGGACAGCAAGCUCAGUCACACGCAACUCUCGAGCAUAUAGCUAAGUUGGAAACCAUCACUGAAGAUAUGGACCGACGCUCCCGAUCAAACACAUUAGAAUUACGUAAUAUUAGACUCUCGAAUAAUAAUCCAUCGCUAGACGACAUGCUUACCGUUACUACACGCAUUUUCAACGAGCUCUCGAUUAAUAUGUCUACAUCGGACAUUUACGAUAUUUACCGUCUGCCCUCCAAGACGGACAACACUACUAUUAUCUGCAGACUUAACUCGAUGAUUUUGAAAACCAAGGUCCUGCAGGCUUUCAAGGAAUAUAACAAGCGCAACCCCAACAAUAGACUCAACUCAACCAUUGUGGGAGGUACGCAGCACCCAAUCUACAUCGGCGAGCACCUGACGGCACAAGCACGGCGGAUUUUCUACCUGGCCCGCGAGUAUGCAAAAACUGGUAACUACAAGUAUUGCUGGACCUCUGGCGGGCGAGUCCUACUAAGGAAAGAGGACAACACCAAGGCGGUCGUCGUGUCUUCCGAGAGUCAACUUUCCGGGGCCCAGCCAAAAAACUAG